GCCAUGCAUAUCCUUGAUGACCUUUCAAUUCUAGUGUAACAUCUCAUAUGACUCUACGCGCUGCGCUCGUCUUUAUCUCGGACCACCCGGGAGCAGACACUGGCAUAUAGCAGUCUCGGUUCCUCCUCUUUCACCUACUAUCGACCACCUCUCAUCACCGUCACGAUAAUAUCCGAAACUAUCCUACCCAUCCACCACCUUCAAUACCUCAAAAUGGCGUCCCAACCCUCCUCCUCAACAAAAAUCAAGCUAGCAGCCGCGCACUCGGCCCCCGUCUACAUGUCCAAAUCCGCCACCCUCGCCAAAGCCAUCAACUUGAUCCACGCCGCGGCGCGCGACGGCGUCUCCAUGCUCGUAUUCCCCGAGACCUACGUACCCGGUUAUCCUUACUUUAUCGAGUGCUACCCGCCCCUCAAACAAGUCGCUGCUCUGGCCAAGUAUGCCGAGGAGUCUGUCGUGGUCGAUGAAGAUCUGGACGGUGUAGUAGAGGCCUGCAGAACCACAGGUGUGUCGGUUGUGCUGGGGGUGUCGGAACGGAUGAAGGGUGGUUAUACGUGUUUCAAUUCGCAGGUUUUUGUUGCCGGUGGAAAGGGAGGCGGGAUCACGGGAACGCAUAGGAAGUUGCAGCCUACGUAUGUGGAGAGGAUCAUCUGGGCGCAGGGGGAUGGGUCGACACUCAAGACUUGGAAGGGUAUGCUUGGCCCUGAAGCAGCAGAUGGAAAAGAAAAGUCCUGGAACGUAGGCGGCUUGGCCUGCUGGGAACACACCAUGCUCCUCGCCCGCCAGGCCCUGAUCACUCAGCAGGAACAUGUGCACGCGGCGGCGUGGCCGGCGCUGUCGACGAUGGCCGGGUUCGAGGAGAGCGCGGAUAGCCAGAUUGAGGCGUUGAUGAAGUGUCAUGCGCUGACGGCGCAAUGUUUUGUGGUGGCGGCGAGCAACUAUGUGGAUGAGACGUGUCUCGAGUGGAUGAAGGAGAAUAUUGGGGAGCAAGGGUUUGUGAAGCGUGGGGGAGGCUGGUCGGCGGUUAUUCAUCCGUUUUGUAAUGUGUUGGCGGGGCCGGUUACUGGGGAGAAGGAGGAGCUGGUUACGGCGGAGGUUGACUUGAAGGAUCUGGGUAUGGUCAAGAUUUGGGUAGAUGCUGAUGGUCAUUAUAGUAGGCCGGAGAUUCUGCCGUUUGUGUGGGAUAAAGAGGCAUAUUGGGAAGCCGGAACGAAGAACCAUGAGCUGAGAGUAUCUGGAGUAAAAGGGGGAGAGGAAGCUGAAGAGGCGUAAAGGGUGGAGGACCAAAAAGGCGAAGUCGAAUUAUAUGGACUGAGUCACGGUGAGUUGGUGAUAGAUCAACCACAGGCUGUGUUUCUUCUUGCUAUCGAGUUCCUUCCGGUGCCACUUUACAUACAACGAUCAUGCAGACCACAUCAAAGCCCUGAG